AUGAGUGCCGGCGACGAGAGGGCAGCGGCGACAUCUACGGAGGCGACAGACAGCAGCGUCCAGCAAAGAAGCAUGGCUCUAAUUGGGCAAGUAGAACCCUUUGAUGAGUCUGCGUCAGAUUGGCCUUCCUAUGAAGAGCGACUGAAGUCGUUUUUGCGCGUUAAUCGCAUCCCAGAGAGCGAUCGCGUCGAUGCUUUUCUGAGCAUAGGAGGCAAGACAUUCAAGCUUUUGAAAAAUUUGGCGUCUCCUGAAUUGCCUGCAACAAAGUCGCUAGACGACCUGAUAAAGUUGCUUCGCGAUCAUCUUUCGCCGACACCAUCCGUAAUUGCAGAACGUGCAAAGUUUCACAGCAGAGCUCAGCAUGACAGCGAGCCCAUUGCGGACUUCGUAGCCGAACUCAAGAGAUUGGCAGAGACAUGUAAUUUCGGAACUGUUCUCGAUGAGAUGCUGAGAGACAGAUUUGUAACAGGCCUUUUACGACUCGACAUUCAGAAGUCGUUGUUCACGGAACCUGAAACGAUUUCGUUUAAAACGGCGGUUGAGAAGGCGAUGUCGUUGGAAAGAGCUACAAGGAAUGCGGCAGAAUGUCACUCAAAGAAAUGUGAUGUGAAGUAUCAACCUGAUAGCACCCUUCAGAACAUCAGUGUUGAGAAGAAAGUUUUUGAAGCGAAAUGUCAUCGGUGUGGGUCCGAUAAGCACCCCUCCAAGAAAUGUUCUUUCCAGAGCGCGACUUGUUUCAAGUGCAAAAGGACAGGGCACAUAGCUUCGGUUUGCCUGUAG